GACAGCGGCGGGAGGAUGAACGGGCUGGCGGCCGGCGGGCCCAUCGCCAUGAAGGACCACGAUGCCAUCAAGCUCUUCGUCGGGCAGAUCCCGCGCAACCUGGAGGAGGGCGACCUCAAGCCCCUCUUCGAGGAGUUCGGCAAGAUCUACGAGCUCACCGUCCUCAAGGACCGCUUCACCGGCAUGCACAAAGGCUGUGCCUUUCUGACGUACUGUGCCAGGGAUUCAGCACUGAAGGCCCAGAGCGCGCUGCAUGAGCAGAAGACGUUACCGGGGAUGAAUCGCCCAAUCCAAGUGAAACCAGCCGACAGCGAGGGCCGAGGAGAAGACAGGAAGCUCUUUGUGGGUAUGCUGGGGAAGCAGCAGAGCGAGGACGACGUCCGGAGACUCUUCGAGCCCUUUGGCCAGAUCGAGGAAUGCACCAUCCUCCGAGGCCCUGAUGGAGCCAGUAAAGGAUGUGCCUUUGUGAAAUAUGGGAGCCACGCAGAGGCGCAAGCGGCGAUCAGCAGCCUCCACGGCAGCCAAACCAUGCCGGGAGCUUCCUCCAGCCUGGUGGUGAAGUUUGCUGACACCGACAAGGAGAGGACCCUGCGGCGGAUGCAUCAGAUGGCGGGACAGCUGGGGAUCUUCAAUCCAAUGACGAUCCAGUUCGGGGCCUACGGGGCGUACACACAAGCGAUAAUGCAGCAGCAAGCAGCUCUGAUGGCCGCAGCACAAGGGACCUGCCUCAACCCCAUGGCGGCCAUCGCGGCGGCUCAGAUGCAGCAGAUGGCGGCCUUCAACGUCAGCGGGCUGGUCGCUGCUCCCAUGACACCCUCAUCAGGUACAAGCACACCUCCAGGGAUCAGCACAGCACCUGUCCCCAGCAUAGCCACACCCAUCGGGGUGAACGGAUUCAGUCCUCUCCCCCCGCAGACCAAUGGGCAGCCAGCAUCAGAAACGAUCUACACCAAUGGCAUCCACCCCUACCCAGCUCAAAGUCCCACUGUGGCAGACCCCCUCCAACAAGCCUACGCAGGCAUGCAGCACUAUGCAGGUCCUGAAGGCUGUAACCUCUUCAUUUAUCACCUGCCCCAGGAGUUCGGGGAUGCAGAACUCAUGCAGAUGUUCUUGCCAUUUGGCAACGUCAUCUCUGCCAAAGUCUUUGUUGACCGUGCCACCAACCAAAGUAAAUGCUUUGGUUUUGUCAGUUUUGACAAUCCAACUAGUGCUCAGGCAGCCAUUCAGGCCAUGAACGGCUUCCAGAUCGGCAUGAAGAGGCUAAAGGUCCAGCUAAAGCGGCCAAAAGAUGCCAACAGACCCUAUUGA